UGUUUUUUAUUCAUCAAUUUUUUGUUGUAUACUACAGUUUAAUUACAGUUUACAGUGGUUAUAAAAACAAUUAUUGAUAUUAUUACUAUUAAAUACUUAAAUAUAAAAUGGUGAUAUAUUUAUGUAUUGAUUUGCCUAUUGUUGCAUUAAUUCUUAAUUUAUCUCAUAGUAGUAUGAUAAACAAAAAAUAUUUCAUUCAGUUGGACAAGACACCAACUUGGAAAUUUCUGAAAAAUGAAAUUGUAUAUGAUCAAGCAGGAGUAAGAAUGUCGUUGCAACUGUUAUUAGAAAAAACUAUUGACAAGGAUCCACUAGAAAACUAUCCAGAAGAUUAUGAUCGAGAUCCUAGUCAUUUAAUUGAUGUUGCUUAUCAAUUCGCUAUUCGAAAUCGAACAUAUAAAUACGUUUCUUUAUUGUUUAAUUGUUGCUACAAUAUCAUGUCAAUUAAUAAUGAUUAUGCUGGUCAAGUUCUAAGUAAAAUCAAAACAACUAUAAGCGCAAUAAAUAAAAAUGUUAGUAGCAGGUUGAUUGUACCGAUGAAGGAUUUACAAGAUUAUAAAAAUAAGCUUUUCCAGUGUACAGUUUCAAAUUUACCAAAUCCAAUAAGUUCCGAAGUAUUUGAUUCGAGUGUUUGUGAACUAUAUAUUUCAAUCCAAAAUUCUAAAUUAGACAUAUGUGCAAUUUUUGAAAAUGAUUCUAAUGGAGAAGAACUUUUAGAAUGGUUAAAAAGUUUUGUUAAACUUGUGUUAGUAGAGUACAAAUGAUGUGCAACUUUGAUGUAUUUUUAAUAAAUUAAGAAAAAAUUCUACACAGAUAAACUAAAAAAAAUAUUUAAAUUUGAUUUUUCUUGUAAUAAAAAAAGUUUUUAAAUAAUAAUAAUCAAUUAAUGUUGUACUUGAAAAUCCCACCGUCUUUAUCAUACAAAAAUAUUUCAUUCGUUAUUGUAUAUAUUGAGUGCUCAUUGUAGUAUAAAUGUACUAAAUACGAUGAAGCGAUACGGAAUUAAUUAAAAAAGGUCGUAGUAAGUAGUUUUGUAUAAAUGUUAACAUUUUCCUAAAAAAAAAAAAAACCAUAUGAUUCUAUUGCUCGAUAAAUAUGCUACUUAAAAUUAUCCAGGAACUCAAAUUAUACGUGCUGUAAUAUUGUUGAAAUACUUAUAUAUUCAGU